UGUUUUGAUAAUCUGAGCUACAAGAAACCGUACCAUCGUUAAUACGCAAAAGUGUAUACUAUAUUGUCUUAUGUCUUAUGUAAUUACAUGCUAAACGGAAAUCGCCAAAGCAUUUACUCCCUUGCCAGCCACUUCGAAAAUAUAUUUUCGCAUGGGGUCUAGAGCACCACCCAUCGAACGUAUUGUCACUCCAGCCCACCAUGAGUGAUCUUGUUCUCGAAUCGGUUAAAGAAAUCGACGAAACCUCUUGGUUGGUCGGAAAUCGGCUGAUCCUGCACAAGAAGCCGUUUCCUCCCGAAAGUGGCCAUGAGCGCCUAUGGGACGACGCACGCCAUAGCUCGUACUACAGCCUUUCCAGCCCGACUUCUCAACCACCCCAGACCUACGACCUCCCCCCAGACAGUCAUAUGCACCUGGAAAGAAACGCUGGGAAGACCUCGGCUAUUUGGAGCCUUGGGGAUGUAUUUCUCAAGGUCAAGAUUAUCACGUCCCAUGCCGAGAAUGCUACGAAGGAGCAUGACACGCUACGGUGGUUGGCCCGGCAAAAUCUUAGCUUUGCCAUUCCCAAAGUUCUAUACCAAGCUGAAUGGUCGGGCAGAAGCUAUCUCUUCCUUUCCCGCGUGCCCGGCCAGACCCUCGAAUCAUCUUGGCGCGAGUUAGGCGAUGAAGAAAAACAGAGUUAUGUCGAUCGUAUCAUCGACGUAUGCAAAGAGCUUUCAGUUUGGACGUCCCAGGCUAUCACGGGCGUCGAUGGGGCUCAUUUCCCCGAGAGAUGGCUCGACCCGUGUCGCGAUCAGUACGAUUUCAGGCCAGAAGCACUACAGCGGAAUUGCAGCGAGUUGGGAAUGGGAUGUUCAACAUUUAUGCUUUAUCACAGCGACCUUGCCCCAAGCAACAUAAUGGUCCAACCCGGUCACAAAGGUGCGAUUGGGAUCAUCGAUUGGGAAAUAGUUGGCUAUGUUCCCGUAGAAUGGGUGAGGACCAAGUUUGGUGUCUCAUGGGGGCUUGACUUUGAAUGGCCUGACGUAGACUCUGAUGAUCCGGUACUUGCAGAAUGGAGGAACCGUGUUGCGCACCAACUUGGGGAGGAAGGCUUCCCAGAAGUUAUGGGAACAUGGAAACGGUGGUUUCGGGAACGUCUAGCAACAAGGGGAACGAGAUAAACAAUAGGUAAAAUGCUUCACCUGUUCUUUGUUGCUCCUACUAAGAAGACUCGGGAGAUUGUCAUUAGAAGAGAUUGUAUUGAGUUUGCCUACCAGUACAGCUUAUCAAAGGUAUGUUUUCUAUCAUAGGGAGCAGGCGUGAUGUGCUAG